AUGAAUCUGCGUGAACGUCUACCAUUUCUCACCUCUAUCUCGGCUUGCUGGAUCGGUCGAAUUAGUGAUGAGGGGUUUGUCGACGAGAGUAUUCGCCUGGUCAGUGCAUAUUCAGCUAGUGGGAUUUCGAAAUCUCAUUGGUACUCUGUGAGAGCGAGGUUCACGUACGAAGAGAUGAGGAAUGGAGGCAUGACAGAUGAAUCGACGAAGACGAAGACGAAGACGAAGAAGAAGAAGAAGAAGAAGAAGAAGAAGAAGAAGAAGAAGAAGAAGAAGAAGAAGAAGAAGAAGAAGAAGAAGAAGAAGAAGAAGAAGAAGAAGAAGAAGAAGAAGAAGAAGAAGAAGAAGAAGAAGAAGAAGAAGAAGAAGAAGAAGAAGAAGAAGAAGAAGAAGAAGAAGAAGAAGAAGAAGAAGAAGAAGAAGAAGAAGAAGAAGAAGAAGAAGAAGAAGAAGAAGAAGAAGAAGAAGAAGAAGAAGAAGAAGAAGAAGAAGAAGAAGAAGAAGAAGAAGAAGAAGAAGAAGAAGAAGAAGAAGAAGAAGAAGAAGAAGAAGAAGAAGAAGAAGAAGAAGAAGAAGAAGAAGAAGAAGAAGAAGAAGAAGAAGAAGAAGAAGAAGAAGAAGAAGAAGAAGAAGAAGAAGAAGAAUAAAGGCCGACACACUGGGUUGUCCGCGCUUUUGGCGGCGGCACAACGCUCUGCCCAGGACGACACUUCGCAACCACAGUGA